UGAGGAAAAUGUUACUGAGGCGUGGAACGCCUACGUAUUUCUUUCGAAAUAAAACCCGAUAACUGUUCUGUAAUUUUUCAGACGACCCUUUCUUUGCUUCACAAUAACGUUUUCACGCUCGAAACUAUCAGUGCAAAAUGUACAUCCGAAACUAUGUCGUUUAUGGAUUAUUUUCAUUUUCUUUUCUAUUUUCUAUAGCAUAUAGAUCAGCUUUUGCUGAAGACAGUGAUGCGGAGUUGCUUAAGUACAGAAACAGUUACCAUACCAACAGAGGCGUGCUCAGUCUACAAGCGUUACUUAGACGAUCCAAGCGCGGACUUACCGACCUAGAUCCUUCAAACCGAGCAACGGAGCCGCCUACAACUACAACAACCACAGCUUCUCCACCACAAGUUAACCCAGACCUGCUGCCUGCAUCUACAACUGCAUCUCCUAAAAUGUACGUUACGAUUACAUUUGAGCCGCGCCAUGAGAAAAUCAGCAUUGUGCGUUUGCGACCAGCAUGGAUCCAGACCAGCCUGCGCAUCCGCGCAGUCUGGUCAGGAUCCAUGCUGUUCGCUUUCAAAGCCUAUUGCAAUUAGAGAAACCGUUAGCGACCAGCAUGGAUCCUGACCAUGCAUGGAUCCAUGCAUCCGCGCAGGCUGGUCUGGAUCCAUGCUGGUCGCAAACGCACUAUGUUGGUUUUCUCAUGGUGUGGCUCAUUUGUGUAUUAGAAUUAGUUACCAUCUCAGGUUGUUCAUUUUUACAUCAGCGUCGUUGGUGUAAUGUAAACGCUGAUGUAACGUAAACAUCAAAUUUGCGGCGCUAAUGAAACAUCAAAUUUGCGUCGCUGAUGAAACGUGACCAAGCAUAGCUGAUGAAACUUGAUCGUCAAAUUAGCGUCGCUCUGAAACGUAAACAUCAAUUUUGCGUAGCUAAUGAAACAUCAAAUUUGCGUCGCUGAUGAAACGUAACCAAGCAUAGCUGAUGAAACUUGACCAUCAAAUUAGCGUCGCUGAUAAAACGUAACUAUCAAACUAGCGCCGCUGAUGAAAUGUAACCGUCACAUAAGGGUCACUGAUGUAGCUGACUUUAUAUUAUUUAAAAAAAAAAAUGUAUAUUCCAUUCAUUAUAAUGUAUUCAUGUUUUGUAAAUAAACUAUUUUCUGUAUAAAAAGUCACAGUUUAUUUAAUAUAACUUCAGAAGAAAGUGUACAUUCGAUUCAUUCUUGCAUAAAAACUACUUUUUUCACUGGAUCCGCCCAUGUAUAAACGGGAGAAAAAUCGUGUGCAAACAAGGCAAUUCACGUGCUGUUAAUACAUGAUUUUUAUUUUUGAAAUGCUUUGCCAGGGACGUAUGUAUGUAUUUCUGCGCAGACUGAUAUUUGGCAUCUGCAUCUUGUUUCUUCCAUAAUAACCUUUUCUUGUAGCAUUAUAGAUACAAUGUAAUCCAUAGUAUGUUUAGCUGUAUCAGUUUCCAACCCCAAAGCUACUGCCCACUAGCUUCUCU